AACGCUGUUGUUUUUUUUUUUUUUUAAAGAGCUCUUGUUUUGCUUGACGCCAUUUGCACCGUUCAGGGGGGUGGCUAGCUCCGCUGGCUAGUUGGUUAGCUAGCUGGCUGGCUAACUGGCUAAUGUUAUUGUUAGCAACUUUGCCACUUGGACUGACGGUUGGUUGGUUUAACGGCAGUUGCACCUCUGCACCAAACGGCCGAGGGCUAACUCCUGCGCAGUCAUGUUGAAAGCGCCGUGUGUGACCGCCUCCCACUGCAUUUAAAUGCCCCAGCUCAUUGACAAAAGUGUAACGUACCACUUCACAACACACUCACAAAGUCACUGGAAGUUAGCUUGGGGCAGCAACGUCAGUGAAAGUCACCCCAUCCCUUUGCUCUCUAACCCAUCCCUGGCAAGCCCUGACAUAAUGCACUCAGGUUACCCAGUGUUAAACUGUUUCUGUCACCUGGUGCAGAUAAACAUUGGGUUGAACUGAAGUCUAAAAUUGAAUGUCUAAAAACGGAAACCUUAUCAUAGCAUCAGUUACAGUGGCUGUUUAAGGGGCGCUAUGUAGUUUUGGAGAAGAAAUCAAACUCAGCAUUCUUACAUUAACAAUAUUAAUCAGCAACACGGAGCGGCAAGAUGAAGAAGAAAGCUCGGCAGCACCGGCCUUCGGUGCCGCAGAGGCCCCCAUCUCCCAUCAAGCCUUCCCCCAACAAGCAGAUCUUGACUUACGCCCAGGCGCAGCGCAUGGUGGAGUUCGAUAUCGAUGGCCGCAUCCACCGGAUCAGCAUAUAUGACAAGCUGGACGUCAUCUCAGACGAUGACCCCAUGGUGCAGGAGAUGAUGGAGUGCACCAGCAACAAGGAGAACGCUGAGAAGCCGCAGCAGCAGGUCCUCCUGAGGUCGGUCAGGUUAAAAAACAACCAGGAGAAGAGGAACGCUGCGCUGGGCAUCACGGCUCCUGGAGAGGGAGGAGGACAUAAUGCUGGUGUGAACACCGGCCCAAAGCUUCCAGAGCCUAAAUUUCGAACAGUGGAAUAUAAUCUUCCAGCAGUUCCUAAGCGUUCAGCUGCCUUUUAUAAAUUCACAGAGAAGACGGAGGAAGAGCUGGAUGAGGAGACGGAGUAUGACAUGGACGAGGAAGACUAUGCCUGGUUGGAUUUGGUCAAUGAUAAGCGGAGAGGCGAGGGGGUCAGUCAGGUCUCUCACAACGUUUUCGAGUUCCUGGUCGACCGCUUUGAGAAAGAGUUGUACCUGGAGAGUCUGGACCAGUGCAGUGAAAAGCAUGCCCCCAUCGACGAGGAUGCCGUCUGCUGCAUCUGCAUGGACGGAGAGUGUCACAACAGCAACGCCAUCCUGUUUUGCGACAUGUGCAACGUGGCCGUGCACCAGGAAUGUUACGGUGUGCCCUACAUUCCUGAGGGCCAGUGGCUCUGCAGACACUGCCUCCAGGCGUCCACCCAGCCCGCAGACUGCAUACUCUGUCCUAACAAGGGCGGAGCGGUGAAAAGGACCGACGACGACCGCUGGGGCCACGUCGUUUGCGCCCUCUGGGUCCCCGAGGUGGGCUUCUCCAACACCACCUUUAUCGAGCCCAUCGACGGGGUCAGCCACAUUCCUCCAGCCCGCUGGAAGCUCACCUGCUACCUCUGCAAAGAGAAAGGUGUCGGCGCGUGCAUCCAGUGCCACAAAGCCAACUGUUAUACGGCCUUCCAUGUGAGCUGUGCCCAAAAGGCUGGCCUCUUCAUGAAGAUGGAGCCAAUCAAGGAGGUGACAGAAACGGGGGAGUCCACGUUCUCUGUGAAAAAGACGGCCUACUGUGGAGCUCACACGCCUAACGGGUGCAUAAGGAGGCCUCUCACCAUUUACGACGAUGCCAAACCCAAAAAUGGACUAUGUAAGAAAGUAGACAAAGGGAAGGGACAGUCUAAAGGGAAGCAGAAGAAGAAGAGUAAGAGUAAGAAGCCUGAGCCUGAACCUGAAAGUGAAGAAGAAACCCCAGCUACUGUGCCUACUUUUCCUGCUCACAGGUUACAAACCAUCAUGAACCAGGUGUCAAUCCAGAAGAAGAAGGCAUUUGUGGAGCUGGUCCUAAAUUAUUGGACGCUAAAGAGGCAAUCCAGAAACGGGCUUCCCCUCAUCAGACGCCUCCAGACAAGCCUGCAGUCUCAGAAGAAUGCACAGCCGGUUUGUUCAACCAGGCAGAACGAGGAGGAGAGCAGGGCGCUGAAGGAGCAGCUGAAGGAGUGGCAUCGCCUCCGACAUGACCUGGAGAGAGCCCGGCUGCUGCUGGAGCUCAUUCGCAAGAGGGAGAAGCUCAAGAGGGAAGAGAUUAAACAGCAGGAGACUCUCCUGGAGAUGCAGUUGACUCCCUUCAGUAUUUUGCUCCGAGCUCUCUUGGACCAGCUCCAGGCUAAAGACCAGGCCAAGAUCUUCACCCAGCCUGUCGAUGUCACUGAGGUGCCUGACUACCUCGACCACAUCAAGCACCCAAUGGACUUCUCCACCAUGCGUCAGCGCAUCGACGCACAGGGCUACAACAACUUGGAGCAGUUUGAAAGCGACUUCAACCUCAUUGUUGAUAAUUGCAUGAAAUACAACUCAAAAGACACGUAUUUCUACCGGGCUGCUGUGCGCCUCCGAGACCAGGGCGGGGCCCUGCUGAGAAAAGCUCGGAAGGAUGUGGAGAGAAUUGGCUUUGACACAGAAAGUGGCAUGCAUCUGUCAGAAGCUCCUGAAAUCAAAUCGGCACCAACGUUUUCUUGGGAGGACGUCGACCGCCUACUUGUGCCAGCCAAUCGGCAGCAUCUUUCUCCGGACAAGCAGCUGCAGCAGCUCCUGGAGAAGUUCGACCUGACAUGCGCCAUGAAGUCCAGCCCCUCCCGCAGCAAACGCUUAAAGCUACUCAAAAAGACCAUCAACGACGUGCGCAAUGAAAUGAGCUUAAAGAGAGUCCACCCCUCCCACCACCACCAUCACCACCACCACCACCACCACCACUACUCCCCGCCCUCAACGACUGCCUCCACAUCGGCAUCAUCUUCAUCAGCUGCUGCCUCCCACUCGGAGCUGGGCAAACCUAAAGAAGAGGAAUUGCAACCCAACGGACAUUUUCCAGACGAUGAGGGAGACAAGUCCCUCCCUCCUAAACUGGAGCUUUCAGACUCCAUCCCUCCCCUCAUCCACUCCGACACAGACCCUGAGCCCCCCACCCUCAAACCAAUCGACGCUGCCCCGGACUGCGAAGACAAAGCUCCCAGCAAGCGAGUGAAGUUUGAUGGCGAAAUUCCAGACUUGCUGUCCUCUACCCCGCGCCUCAAUGGCUACUCCCAUGACAGCCUCCAGAGCUCCUUACUAGACGGAGACGUGAGUGUGGUGGCCACGUCGACCCUCGCCGAGCCCACGGGCACAGUCAACCGCCGCACCGCGGUGCUCUUCCGCAAGUCGAAGGCCGCCAGCCCUCACAAGCCGCCAAGGGAAGGAGACAAGGCGGCUGACGAUGUGGACAGUAAAGAAGAGGGUGAGAAGGAGGAAGAGGAGGAUGAAGAUGGCGCCCAGCUGGGCUCCAAAUCCUUCCUGUCAGUGGUCAUACCCAGGCUGGAGACGCUACUGCACAGCAAGAAGAGGAAGCACAGUGGCAGCAGAGACAGUGAGGAGGAGGGAGGAGGGGAGCACGAAGAGGAGGGAGAGUCCCCUGUCAAACGACUCGACACUGGUCUGUCCAGUGGUUUUCUGGAGGUGGAGGAGGAGAAGGAGCUGGAAGACUCGAGUAGAGCCAGUCGACCCGUGGAGCCACGACGACGCUGCGCCUCUGAGUCGUCCAUCUCCUCGUGUAGCAGUCUGCCGGGAAGCACCAGCACUAUUCUCAGUCUUCCAAAAUGCGGGAAGGGGAAACCCGCCUUGGUCCGGAGAAACACUGUGGACGAUAAGAGCGAAUUAAUCGCCUGCAUCGAAACCGGGAACUUUGCAAAAGCUGCGCGCAUCGCCGCCGAGGUUGGCAACAGCAAUAUUUGGAUGCCCGCUAGUGCUGCAACAGUUGCAUUGGAACCCCUAAAGCUAGUUUGGGCCAAAUGUAGUGGAUACCCUUCCUACCCUGCCUUGAUCAUCGACCCCCACAUGCCGCGCGUGGGCUGCCAGCACAACGGGGUGUCCAUCCCCAUGCCCCCCAUGGACGUGCUCCGCAUCGGAGAACAGAUGCAGUACAAAGCCGAAGAGAAACUCUACCUCGUCCUCUUCUUCGACAACAAGCGCAGCUGGCAGUGGCUUCCUAGAUCCAAGAUGGUUCCUCUGGGGAUGGACAAGACCAUAGACAAAAUCAAAAUGAUGGAGGGACGCACGUCCAGCAUCCGCAAGGCGGUCCAGAUUGCCUUCAGCCGCGCCAUGAACCACCUGAGCAUAGUGCAGGACGAGCCAGUCAGUGACCUCAGUGACGUGGACUGAUGGCACCCGCUGACUCUCUCCCCUCACACACACCCACACACACAAACUUGUACCUCUCCUGUACCAAAUACCUUCCCCCCACCCCCUCCUCUCUGUCUCUGCAGGAGACUCAAAUGUUUACUGGGCACCUGCUGUAACAGGUGGUGUGUCUCUUCCUCAUCCAUUCCUACUCGCACACACUCCUACCAUGUGCCGACGGGAUACGGCUGCUGCUGAAAUGAAUGUGUCUAUCUUCUCCUCUCCACCUCCUCCAGGCUUGUGACUGUGCUUAGAGACUGCUCUUUCUUUUCACUCCACCAAUCAUCUUCAUUCAUCAUUUCAAGGCAAAAAACAAAACAAAACAACAAAACAAAACAACAAAACAUUUUGGUAGCCUUUCCAAAUGCACCUGUGGUGUCAGGACAAGAACUUCGCACUGUCCGUUACAUUUAUUGGGCUGAGGCUGAUUCAGUUUUUUAACACGGCAGAUAGCCAAAAUCAUCAUUUCUGUUACAUGUUAUUUAAAAAGUAGCAUUUAGUAGCUGGUUGAUUAGCUAAAGUGGACAAAAAAUUCCCUGUUGUGUUGAAUAGCCUUUACAUAUUAACACCCUGCUCAUCUGCAUUGACAAAUACCCUCCUUUGUAUUUAACUGUAAAUAAUGUGUACAGCUGCCUGACACUAACUUAUUUUGUAGUUUUGACAUGAUUGGGUACUGUACAGGCGUUUUCUUAGUAUUUAUACCUGAUGCAUACUUUUGACAGUGCUGUAUGAUCAAGAAAAAUAAAAUAGAAAAAAACAUGCAAAAGCCUUAGUAUUGAGGAGAUUAGGGCUAAAAUAUCAUGUUUCUGAAAAGUAUGAAAGUAUUCCCAUUUUUAAGUUAUUGAAGUUUAUAAUCGUAAGCUUCCAUUUGGCAUUAAUCCUUUUUGUAUAACAAAUAGUUUGGUAUAUUUUUGUUCAUAUAUAUUUAUAUGGUUUGAAUACACAGUGACACAGUAUGUAAGUCUCUGGAGCUCAUACAGACAGUCUGAUGAUGUGGACACGGAGCGUUUAUUGUUCUGAAGAAACCAAAAAUUGUUGCUACCCAGAAGUUUUCUCGCUGAUUUCUUCCUUUUUUUUUUUACUUUCUUUUUUUCCCGUGUGAUGUGUGAAAUUGUUGCCAAAAAAAAUGGAAAAAAAAGUAAAAGUGUAUUUUUUAUGUGAAACAUUUGACUGUUACUUGGUUUCGCUGUAGUCGUAGGGGGACGUGACUGCGUUAACUUAUUGUAAAGUAUCCGCAUUACUUUAUAUCCGAGGAAAGACGUGCAAACUUGAUUGUGGUAAAGUGGCACAUUUUGUGGUGGAUACUUGCCUUCUUUUUAAGUAACCUUUUCUAACUUUUUUUGUAGUGGUAGACUUCAAGACAUUUCAUUUUAUACUAUUACCUAUUUUUUGCUGGGUAGCAUUGGGUAGUUUUGGUAUAUUUCAUUUUGUACUUAACUGUAGUAGUUUUUUUAAUCGGGUCAUAUGAAAUAUUGCUGGGACUGUUUUUUGUAGCAAAGCAAAAAAUAAAACAUACAAAUAUAAACACAUGUGCCUCUCA